ACUGGAUAUUCGUCCUGGAGAGGAGGAGACUGAGAGGAGACCUCAUCGCUCUCUGCAGUUCCUGGAACGGAGGUCGUGGUGAGUCCUUCUUUAGACCCUGGGCUAGUGUCAGAGGAUACCUGGAUCAUCCGCAGCAAACAGGCUUGGAGGUGCAUUGCAAGUAGAGGCCUAAGAGUGUUGCUUUUCAUGUAUGAUACUACUCAGCAUGCUGUUAUUCUGUCACACGCUGGCUGGAGCCUUUCUCCCCUUCUUCAUCCUUUCAGGAAAUUGGGUUUCAGCUGAGAACAUCAACUUUUACAAUGUGCGACCUCCACUAGACCCCACUCCAUUCCCAAACAGUUUUAAGUGCUUUACCUGUGAUAACGCAGUGGACAACUACAACUGCAACAGAUGGGCUGAAGAUAGAUGGUGUCCUGAAAGUACUCGGUACUGUUUGACAGUUCAUCUCUUCACAGAUCAUGGGAAGAGUACAUCAGUCACCAAAAAAUGUGCUACGGGAGAAGAAUGCCAUUUUGUGGGCUGCCACCACCACCAAGAAAGUGGCCACACGGAAUGCAUUUCUUGCUGUGAAGGCAUGAUUUGCAACGUAGAAAUACCAACUAACCACACAAAUGCAGUAUUUGCUGUAUUGCACGCCCGGAGAACAUCAGAUGGCAGCAGGCGGACAGUCAACAUUGCAGUGCUUGUAUCAGUCAUGAUGAUUGCAUUAUCAUGAUGGUGCAUCCUCCCAUGGCAUCUGCUCGAGAGGGUCUGCCUUCCUGUGGGCCGUAAGAAACUGUGAGAAGAUUGUUCCAAUAUGCAAGGAAAAGGCACUGAUAGUGUUUAAUUACCUAAAAUGUAAGGAGACAGUGGAAAGACACUGUGUACAUCAAGGUGGCUUUGGAUAUUUUAGUGAAGACACUCCAUAUGGACUGCAGUAUUUGAAGACAACCCCACAACAACCCACUGGUUGACAAGGCAGUGGGGUGAACUAGAGUCAUUAUAAUUAAUUAUUUUAUGAUGAAAAUGCACAUAUAUGUGACAUGUUUCUUUGAACAGAGACCUGAUGUGUCCGUAGACAAUCACUUUACCAGGCGGUGACUUUUGAUGGACAACGUGCCACCAUGUAUCUCAAGAAAAAAUGGUUUUAAAAUGUUUUUCACAUUUUUUUGUGCAUAAAUAAUAUGGACUAGUUUGUCUUGAUCAACAAGUGUAUUUAAGCUUAUCUUUAGUUAUGGUUUUGAUAGAGAACAUAUAUGAGAGAAUUUUUUUUUCUAUUCUGAUCAGAGCAAUCAUGUCUACUGGAGAUAAGACAAUAUAAUACUUUAUAUCUUUCUUUCCUGUAAAAUGUUGUCUUACAUUCAGACUUUAAGAGUGUGAACCCAUGUAGAAUUUCUGUCUAAAAACAAUGAACUGUUUGAACACUUAAAUCAAAGUUCCUCUCCUCCAGCCUCAAGGGGUUAUUUCCUUGCAAAAGAGUUUCACCUCAGCUGAAUCUUUGUCUUCGUGCUGAUGUUCAAGGAGUUGGUAAUGCCAUGACUUGGAAACUGCAGCUAUGUUAUCAUAAACAUUGAAUGUGGACACUUGGUUUAAAUAAUGGCAUAUUGGUAUAAAUAAGGAGAGAAAUUGGCUGUGUUCCUGCUGGAUCCGGGGCUCCAAGCCCCAUCCAACCUGGCCUGGGACCCCUCCAGGGAUGGGGCAGCCCCACUGCUCUGGGCACCCUGGGCCAGGGCCUCCCCACCCUCACA